AUGAGCUUAGAACUUUACGGAUCCAAGGACAAGACGUUGUUAGCCUUGGUCAACAAUUUAAAACUUUCCAUCGCUGCCAUUGUGUACGACCCAAAACUUGUUGUUAAAUUACCUGAAGAUGACGAUCACAUCGGCGUUUUAUUAAAGGACAAAAAGACUGGAUUUGAAUUAUUCGAACCUAAUGCUAUUGUCAAAUACUUGGCAAAGAACUACACCACUGAUGAACAUAUCAAAAUUGAAGAAAAAGAAUUACAUCAAGUUUUAUUGACCAAUAAGAAGGAAAAUCUCGAACAAGUCAAGAUUACAACUCCAUCUAAAGUUGAACUCAACCCAUCACAGAUUAUUCUCUUUUCAUCAUUGUACCCAAUUUACAUCAAUGGAACCAACGCUUGGUUCAACGAGUUUGCUGAGAAGGUAGUCAAAGGAGUGCAACAUGCGUUAUCAAUCACCAAAGUUGAAAGAGUCAAGGAACAGAACACCGGUGCCCAAAAUUACAUCAAAGACUUUUUGGUCAAAGACCAAGCAGAAAGAAUUGUUCCGAAAUCAGAUGAACGUAACAUCUUGAUUACUUCAGCAUUACCAUAUGUCAAUAACGUCCCUCACUUGGGUAAUAUCAUAGGGUCAGUAUUAAGUGCUGAUAUUUACUCCAGGUAUGUCAAAAAUAGAAACCAUAAUGCCAUUUUCGUUUGUGGUACUGAUGAAUAUGGUACUGCAACUGAAACCAAAGCUUUAGAAGAUGGCGUUACACCAAAGGAAUUGUGCGACAAGUACCAUAAAAUUCAUAAAGAAGUUUAUGAUUGGUUCGACAUUGGAUUUGAUUACUUUGGAAGAACUACUACCGAUUUACAAACUGAAAUUGCUCAAGAUAUCUUUUUGAAGUUACACAAGAACGGUUACUUGGAAGAAAAAACUACCGAGCAAUUGUACUGUGAACAACAUCAUUCAUUCUUGGCGGAUAGAUUUGUUGAAGGUACCUGUCCAAAAUGUGGUUACGAAGAUGCCAGAGGUGAUCAGUGUGAUAAAUGUGGAAACUUAUUAGACCCAUUGGAAUUGAUUGACCCAAGAUGUAAAGUUGAUGGAGCAAAACCUGUUGUGAGAAACUCCACCCACAUCUAUCUCAAAUUGAAUGAUUUGGAAGAACCAUUGAAAAAAUGGGUGGAAGAAGCAAGUGGAAUAUGGUCCAAGAACUCUAAGACUAUUACCAACUCAUGGAUUAAACAAGGUUUAGAGCCAAGAUGUAUCACCAGAGAUUUGAAAUGGGGUACACCAGUGCCAUUGCCUGGAUAUGAAGAAAAAGUCUUGUACGUUUGGUUUGAUGCUACAAUUGGUUAUGUUUCCAUCACAGCUAACUAUUUUAGAGACAAUGAUGCGACAGAUACUGAAAACUGGAUCAAAUGGUGGAAGAAUCCAGAAAAUGUGGACUUGUAUCAGUUUAUGGGUAAGGACAAUGUACCAUUCCACACGGUCGUUUUCCCUGCAUCUGAAAUCGGUACCGGAGAUAACUGGACAAAGUUACACCAUGUAAGUACCACUGAAUACUUACAAUAUGAAGGAGGAAAAUUCUCCAAAUCUAGAGGUGUUGGUGUUUUCGGAAAUAAUGCUAAAGAGACUGGCGUUUCUUCAUCGGUUUGGAGAUACUAUUUGGCUUCAAUUAGACCUGAAACUGGUGAUGCUCAAUUUUCAUGGGAUGAAUUUGUUGCCAAAAAUAACAGUGAAUUGUUGGCCAACUUGGGUAACUUUGUCAAUCGUAUUGUCAAAUUCGUUAAUGCUAAAUACAAUGGAGUUUUGCCUAAAUACAAUGUUGAAAAUAUCUCAAAUUAUAAGGAGUUUGUCACUGAAUUUAAUGCAUUAUUAAAGGAAUACAUUCAAGCUAUGGAUGGAAUUCAGAUUAGAAAAGGGUUGGAGACAGCCAUGACAUUAUCGGCGCGUGGUAAUGCAUUUUUACAAUCGAAUCGUAUUGAUAACAAAAGUUUUGAAGAAGAACCAGACAGAAUUGAUGCUGUUGUUAAUGUUGGUAUUAAUAUUGCUUACUUGUUAUCAGCUGUGUUUUAUCCAUUUAUGCCACUGACAUCAGUGCAAAUCAAUAGAAUUUUGAAUGCUCCUGCAUUGUCGAUUCCUGAUCAGUUUACACUUGUUUUGCUUGCUGGUCACAAUAUUGGAGCUGCAGAGUAUCUUUUCAAAAGAAUUGAUGAAAAGAAGAUUGAUGAAUGGAGGAAAUUGUAUGGUGGUCAACAGAAAUAA